AUGUUAGAUGAGAAAUUCGGAAUUCUCGAGGAGCAAGAUGCGGCGGACUCAAACACCUACACGCUGGGCCGAAUCGGCAAACACCACGUCGUAAUCGCCUGCCUUCCAGGAGGCCAGUACGGAACUACCUCAGCUACUACGGUCGCAAACAACAUGGUCCGCACCUUCUCCAAGUCGCUCCGAAUCGGAUUGAUGGUCGGUAUCGGGGGUGGAGUUCCUUUCGCUGCUCAUGACAUCCGCCUUGGCGAUAUCGUGAUUAGUUAUCCGCAAGGCACUUGUGGCGAGGUGAUUCAAUACGACAUGGGAAAGGUUAUUGCAGGCGGUGAAUUUGAACGAACUGGGUCGCUUAAUAGUCCCCCGAGAGCACUAUUGACCGUAGUUGGUACGAUGAGAGCUGCCCGAGUCAUCGACACUCAGGACAUCGUGAAAGCAUGA